UCAUGGGACGUCGAAGAGCUACUUUCUAACAGCGCGGUGUCACAGGUUCAUCUGUCCUGGCCGUCCCGACACUAUGGCGGUGGAAACCAUCGCGCCUGACUGGGAGUUUGACCGUUUUGACGACGGUUCACAAAAAAUACACACAGAAGUUCAACUAAAGAACUACAGUAAGUUUCUGGAGGAGUACGCGGCUCAGCUGAAGGGCAUCGAAGAAGCUCUGGAUGACUCCAUUGGAGAUGUGUGGGACUUCACUCUGGAUCCCAUUGCUCUGAAGCUUCUCCCGUGCGAACAGUCAUCCAUAUUAGAGUUAAUUAAAACGGAGAACAAGGUUUUGAACAAAGUUAUCACGGUGUAUGCUGCUCUCUGCAGUGAAGUGAAAAAGCUCAAGUAUGAGGCAGAAAACAAGUUUUACAAUGGCUUAUUGUUCUAUGGAGAGGGAGUGCCUGAAACGAGUAUUGUUGAAGGAGAGUCCCAGAUUCAGAUGGGCAGAUUCAUUUCAUUUCUGCAGGAGCUGUCCUGCUUUGUGUCAAGAUGCUAUGAAGUGGUCGUCAGUAUUGUUCAUCAGCUGGCUGCGCUCUACAACAGCAGCAAGGGUUCAACAAAAAUCAUUGAGUCAUCGGGUGUCCAUUUCCAGAUCGUGUAUGAACAUCUGGGAGAGUUAUUGGUGGUAUUGCUCACACUUGAUGAGAUUAUGGAAAAUCAUGGCACGUUGAAAGACCACUGGAAGAUGUAUAAAAGGUUAUUAAAGUCUGUACAUCAUAACCCUGGAAAGUUCUAUAUUCCUGAGGAAAAGCUGAAACCAUUUGACAAGCUCUUACUCAAGCUGGAAGGGCAACUGUUAGACGGGAUGAUACUGCAGGCCUGUGUUGAGCAGAGAUUUGAUGAUCCAGGGGAAGGAGUGACUGUUGCCAAAAACGGUGCCUUUGCUGAAGAGUUUGCCUACAACAUUCGCAGCAUUUUCACAAAUGUGGAGUCCAAAAUUGGUGAACCAUCAGAAAUUGACCAGAGAGAUAAAUAUGCUGCUGUCUGUGGUCUCUUUGUACUUCAUUUUCACAUUUUCAGAAGUGUUGACAAAAAACUCUACAAGGCGCUACUCGAUGUCUGUAAAAAGGUUCCAGCUGUCACUCUUAUUGCAAACAUCAUCUGGUUUCCCGACACGUUCCUCAUCGCUAAAGUCCCGGCUGCAGCUAAAACCAUGGACAAAAAGAGUCUUCAGGGAAUCAAAACACAAAGAGACACAUACCUGCAACAAAGAGCUGCAACGUUGACAAAGGAUGUCCAGUCUUAUUAUGUGUUUGUAACCUCCUGGAUGAUGAAGAUGGAGUCUAUCCUGUCCAAAGGGCAUAAAAAUGACAAGCUGGCAGAAGAUCUCAACAGCAGGUGUAACGUGUUUGUACAGGGCAUCCUGUAUGCGUACAGCAUCAGCACAAUCAUCAAGACCACUAUGAACAUGUACAUGUCGAUGCAACGGCCCAUGACUAAAACAUCAGUCAAAGCACUUUGUCGACUAGUUGAGCUGCUCAAGGCCGUGGAGCACACAUUUCACAGACGGUCCAUGGUUGUAGCCGACUCCGUUUCUCACAUCACUCAGCAACUCCAGUCUCAGGCUCUCAGUGCUGUCAGCACUGCAAAGAAAAAGGUGAUCUCUGACAGGAAGUACAGUGAGCAGCGGUUGGAUGUGCUGUCGUCGUUGGUGCUGGCAGAAAAUGCUCUUAGCGGACCAAGCACGAAGGAGCGACGCCUGGUGGUUUCUCUUGCUUUGUGUGUCGGUACUCAGCUGAAAACCUUCAAAGAUGAAGAACUACUUCCCUUGCAACUUGUGCUGAAGAAGCUGGAUUUGAUCAGUGAGCUUAGUGAAAGGGUCAAGCUGCAGUGUGAUUGUAGUUUCCUUUACUGGCACCGAGCUGUGUUUCCCAUAUACUUAGACGAUGUAUACGACAAUGCAGUGGAUGCAGCACGAAUACAUUACAUGUUUAGUGCACUAAGGGACAGCGUGCCAUCCAUGCAGCAUGCCAAGCACAUGGAGUCAUGUGCCCAGCUGCUGGAGAGCUACGACAAGGAGAUCAUGGAUGUGUUCAAUGAGCACCUCCUCGACAAGCUGUGUAAGGAGAUUGAGAAGGACCUACGUCUUUCUGUUCACACCCACCUGAAGCUGGACGACAGGAACCCUUUUAAAGUUGGCAUGAAGGACCUGGCCCACUUCUUCUCCGUCAAACCCAUCCGAUUCUUCAACCGAUUCAUUCACAUAAAAGCUUAUGUGACCCACUAUCUGGAUAAAACUUUCUACAACCUGACCACCGUCGCUCUGCAUGACUGGGCCACCUACAGCGAGAUGAGAAACCUUGCUACGCAGCGCUACGGACUCACGAUGACAGAGGCUUACCUUCCCAGCCAGACCUUGGAGCAGGGUUUAGAUGUUCUCGAGAUUAUGAGGAACAUUCAUGUUUUUGUCUCACGCUACCUCUACAAUCUCAACAACCAGAUCUUCAUAGAAAAGGCAAGCAACAACAAGCAUCUGAACACCAUCAACAUCCGCCACAUUGCCAACUCCAUCCGGACACACGGCACGGGCAUCAUGAAUACCACCGUCAAUUUCACCUACCAGUUCCUGCGGAAGAAGUUCUACAUCUUCAGUCAGUUUAUGUACGAUGAACACAUCAAGUCCAGACUCAUUAAGGACAUUCGCUUCUUCAGAGAGACAAAGGACAUGUCUGAUCAGAAGUACCCAUUUGAGCGAGCGGAUAAGUUUAACCGUGGCAUCCGAAAACUGGGUCUUACUCCUGAUGGACAGAGCUACCUGGAUCAGUUUAGACAGCUCAUCAGCCAGAUAGGUAACGCUAUGGGCUACGUACGCAUGAUUCGUUCUGGAGGACUACACUGCUGCAGCAGCGCGAUCAGAUUUGUCCCAGACCUGGAAGAUAUAGUCAACUUUGAGGAGCUGGUGAAGGAGGAAGGGCUGUCAGAGGAGACUCAGAAAGCUGCUAGCGUUCUGGAUUUGGUGCUGAGUGAUCUGACCAGUAACUCUGCAGAAGGGACGGAGUACUUCCAGAUGCUAGUGACUGUGUUUGCACCAGAGUUUCGUAGCGCAAAGAACAUGCACCUGAGGAACUUCUACAUGAUUGUACCGCCACUGACUGUGAAUUUUGUGGAGCACUCGAUCAGCUGCAAAGAGAAACUCAACAAGAAGAACAAAACUGGGGCAGCUUUCACAGAUGAUGGCUUUGCAAUGGGUGUGGCAUACAUUUUGAAGCUGCUGGACCAGUACCUGGAGUUCGACUCUUUGCACUGGUUCCAAGCUGUCCGGGACAAGUACUUGAAAGAGAUGAGUGCAGUGGUGAAGGAGCAGAAUGUGCAGUCUGCCAGUCAGGACGAAAAGUUGCUUCAGACUAUGAAUCUCACUCAGAAGAGACUGGAUAUCUACCUGCAGGAGUUUGAACUGCUUUACUUUUCAUUAAGCAGCGCCCGGAUCUUCUUCAGAGCAGACAAAACUGCAGCCGAGGAGACACAGGAGAAGAAAGAUAAAGAUGGCGCCACUAAGCCAGGAAGUUCAUCAGAAGCCUCCACCGCCAGUGAAGCAGCCAAGAAGUGAGGAUCACUCCGAGCUCAGCCGAGCUCAACCUCACUGGAACUCUGUGGACUGAGGAAAAGCAUCUACGUGAAGAUGAAAGUAGCAGACUGCACUUAAACUGUGUGGAUACAGAACAGAAAAAAGCAUCAAACUAUUGAUGAGUAUUUUUAUAUCCCACAGCAACGCAAGGACUUUCAUUAAAGACUGCAUACAUUUGAAUGCCACUUCAGGAAGUGUCUCGUUGCGUUUCCUUUUGACAGAAACAUCAGUUUAACAUCACGCAGCUGGUCUCAACAUUUAAUAUCUGUUUAAUUUUGUUGCAUUUCCACAAGCGCCUGUAAUUUGUAAGUUUACUGGUGUAACCAGUCUAAAGUAAAAGCGAAUCCUCUCUGAUGUUUACACUCAGCCUGGAUGGACUGGUUUAUUUUUGUACAGUAGAAGCCUCAGGAGUUAGUCGAGUUUAGCCAUGUAAUUUUUUUAAAUUAACCUGCUGACUUGCAUCUUUGCCAGUCUCUUGUGUACUAAAUGAUUAACUGUUCAUGCCUUUGCUCAAAGCUCUGAAAUGAGGACCCCUGAGAAUGUUUUCACUUUAUGAUCUUAAUGUUUUAUGUGCCAAACUGAAGUACUAUCUCUGUGAUCAUUUUAUGUCAUGUGAAUUAAUGUGUGCACGUGUGCCUUUUUAAACGUUUGGGAGUUAGUUUUUGAUCAUUUUGAUUAGAAACGGUACGUCCUAACACACGAUGCGGCCAUCAAGUUGACUUAUUUCUCUGGUGCACUAGAAGUGCACAUCACAUAUUUAUGAUUCCCCAGUUUUAUAGAAGUUGCACAUAUGUGACAUUCCAUGAAUUAACUUUGUAAUUUAACUCAGUAAAGUCUUUGAAGAUUAUUGAAGCUUGUUGACUCAAUGAUUCAAUUAAGAACUUGGCAUUUAAUUAAAACAAUUUAUGCUAAAAGUUUUGAAAGCACAUGUAACAUACUUAGUUGAUGUUUUUUGUUGGAUUUAUGUGUAUAAACAUUAAAAAUGUGUAAUUAAACAUUGAUUUUGCCCAUAAA